AUGCUAUUCACUAACAUCCAACUUGACAACUUUUCACCAACCCUCACUCGCUUCAUCAAGCACAUCGAAAUCGAGGGAGCCGAGGAACACAAGUGGAUUAUGAUGGCAGGCACAGGUGGUCCAGCUGUAAAAGUUGCCAAGAAGUGUCAAGUUGCGCCCACAUUCUGCAACAAAGACAGCAAAGAGAAAUGGAUGGACGUGGAUGAUGAAGGCACCUCACAAGCAUCUCUAGCUCUAUUGGAUGCAAACACGCCUGCAGAGUUUCCGGUGUCAUUCAAACUGGCAUUGGAACUUGCAUUUUCGAUGCUCUCAUUCAUUCUCCACAAUCCAACGCAGAAGGCCUCACCUUUUGCUCAUUCUACUCUCAAUCCUUAUAUCUCGGUCAUGCUCACCUUCUUGUCUACCAUCACAAAACAUGCAGAGAUGCUUUCUGGAUUGGUCAUCCCAACUGCUGGCCGUGAGUGGUGGUCAAUGCUGAUGAGUGGUUGUGCCCCACCUCUCUCCAAAGACUGGUGCCUUAGUGGGAUGGAGUGGAUCGGUCGAAAAGUCUUCGAGCGUGGAUACUGGAAGAGCGGAGAGGAGAGACGGAUGUCAAUGGAGGUGGAGAUCCUGGAUGUGGAAGAAGGUGGUCAACUCACUGAUGGGAUUAUUGAAGAUGAAGAUGAUGAAGAGGAUGGCCACUCCCAUGUCAAUGGGGAGAGCUUGCAUGGGGAGACAAGCAAGAGAUGGAACCAUCUUGUGUGCUGUCACAGACAGGAAGUAUGUGGGUUGAAAUGGGCGAGAGAUGGCAGGCCAGCAAGUGGGGGGAACAACAACAAAGAUCAGGGAGUGUGGAGGGUGCAGGAGGGAGCGGAAGUGGAGACAUGCCACUCUGGAAAUUCCACCAACACACAGCAGCAGCUCUGGUCGUGGUUCGCUGCUGUUGAUACAGACCGAUUGGGCACGAUCACUGCUGUUGAGCUUGAGAGAGCAUUGAUCAAUGGGGACUGGACUCCAUUUGAUUUGGACACUGAAGCUCCUUAUGAGCAUGAUGUCAAUCGUGAUGACUCUGUGGACAUUGAUGUCGAUGAUGAAGAUGCCGAGUCUAAGGAAACGUCAGAACAGAGUGAAGAGGAUGAAAAUGACCAUGAGGAAGUCAAGGAUCUCAAGGCAUGCUGGAGGUACUUGCAAUCACUUCUCGUUUCAGGUCAGUGCGCACCUGCCCACAUGCCCAAACAGCGGUCUCAUCCAGCCUGUUCCCAGAAAAUUGUGUCAAUGCCAUCUUUGGACAUUGUGGCAGGUUAUACUAUUCUUGUGCUGGACACCAACAUCAUUUUAUCUUCCUUAUCGGCCGUUGCAUCCAUCAUUGAAAGUCUCCGAUGGACCAUUGUCCUACCAGUUCCGGUUAUCAUGGAGCUUGACGGCCUAUCCUCAAAUCCAUCUCAGCUUGGCAAAGCUGCUCAAGAGGCCAUUGCCUACAUAACCUUGCACAUCCACUCACACCCAGAUGUCACUGAGUACUCGUGGGAUCACUGCAUGGACAAUUUGAUUCUCAAAGCCACAAUCUGGCAAGAUGAGUAUGGGGUGGACUGCUCUGCACUAUUAAAGAAUAUGCCACCUGUGCAAGAUGAUGCCAAUGCCAUCAAGGUGGUGUUACUGUCUCUAGAUCGUCUCUUCCAUUUGAAAGCCCAUUCACACCAACUUGCAGCAGCUGGCGAGAAAGAUCUUGCUGCUAUACUCGCAUCUGGAACGUAA